AUGCGGUCUACGUCGCCGGCCUCUCAUAUCCCUCCCACAAAUCUCGAGAGACAAUCGUCUCGCCCUGGAUCGCGCGCCGGCUCUCGUCGCGGCUCGUUCAAAGCUCCCGCGUCCUCCUCGCGUGUCCGCCUCGACCUGCCCGAGUCACCGCCCCCGUUGCCGCCGCGCACAAGCCGGCACCUCCGACACAUGGGCAAUCUGCAACUCGGUUCGCGUAGCACACCGGAUCUUGGUGCUGCGAGGCGCGCACAGCAGCAGCGCAGCAAGGCCGCGGCUGCAGAGAAUGGGGCAGAGACGACGGGGAAGAAGCGUGGGAGAGUCUCGCUCGGCAUGCUCUUCCAAUCCAGACAUCGGUCAGUCUCGACACCAGUUGCCAAGCCGGAGGACGAGCAGGAGGAGCUUCCACAACCCCCUCCACUUGCGGCACCCGCGCCGGCAGCAAAGUCGGCACCAACAACUCCCAUCACGCCCACAUUUAGGUGCCCAAGCUGUGAGGCAUUGGACGUCACCACUCCUCGAGCAGUAUCGCGCCGGCCAUCAAAUGGUGCAGGACAUGGUCGUCAACUGUCACGCGGGCCGUUACACUCGACGGUACGCACUGGUGACACUUUCCCGGCACGCGGCCCACCUAACGCACUCUACAACAGCGUGUACAGGUACGGGCAUUCCGCGAGUAUGACGUCGAUGCACGGCUCACAUCCGCCUCUCGGCAUGAGCUUGUCACAAACAAGUCUCAUUCACUCACGCAGCAGUCUGCACAACCUCUCGCACACCAGCUUGCAUAACAGCUCGCGUACCAGCUUGCACAACAACAACUCGCGCACCAACCUUGGCUUGGGCUAUGCGAGCACGCACCCCUACAACGCCUCGAAAGCUAGUCUUUCUCUCUCACAGACGUCUCUCAUCCUCCCUGACAAUGGCCGCAACCAGCUGCUCUCCAAAGACCACUACCACUUGCGCUUCGCCGCGACGUACAUCAUCAACCUCAUCGCGCCGUCGUUGCGCGCUGCCAACUUCCAGAAGUCGGAGCGCAACAUGGAGAUCAAACGGAUCACCGAAGAUCGGCUUGCGAUGCUCCAGCGGAUGGAGAGAACGUGGGGCAGCUCAUGGUCUGAGGCCGCAGCAGAUCUGCUCAACGACACCCCUUCGGACCUGCCGCUCGAGGCGCAAGAGGCCAAGCUAAGAGCGUGCAACAUCACUGCGACCGCAAAGGCACGCGAGCGAAAGGUGUUUGUGAACGCGCUCGCCGACGGAAUCAUCUUUUGCUUCCUUUUUAACCGCCUCUUCCACAUGCAACCGUCCCGCAUCCAGCGCGUCAAGGUGCCCAAGGACGAGACGCGUAUCAAGGCCAACCUCGAUCGCUUCCUGUCGUCGUGCCGCGAAGUCGGUGUGCCCGAGAGCGAGAUGUUUGGAAUCGGCGAUCUCGACGAGCACUCGCCAGAAGGCCUGGCGCUUGUCGCGCGCACCGUCCUCGUCCUUGCGCAGAUGUCCGGCCCCACAAAUGUCCCACGCGUGCGCAUUGGCCUCCGCUUGUCCUCAAAGUCGGAGACUUCACAGUCGACCCCGAUGGCUCAGUCUCCAAGUCACUCCGGAACCACCUCCACUACGCCGUCGCAAAGAUCGUCUGGCGUUACAUGCGUCGCUCCGCGGACACUCAGCGACCGCUUGCAGCGCAGCGGGUCGAGUGACCUCCUUGACCGGCUCCACACUGAGAACGGUACCUCCAGCGGCACGUUGGUCUCGACCACGACUGCUACAGCAGGGAGGACGGCAACUAACAACGAGGGCUUUGUGCAGAACAUCUCGACAACCGCCAACCCCCCAUUGUCUCCAGUCGGCGCGGCUGUGAGCGUUCCACCAAUACCCGCUCUCCCCGACGUCCUGCCCCAGGCCUCCAAUGCUCCCCCCAUCCCUACCAUUUCUACCCCGAUGCCUGCGCCGGUGCCCGUGGCGUCUACUGCCAGACCACAGCUCAUGCGCGCAGGCAACCGUGUGCAGGUCUCGUUCGCGUCUGACUCGAGUUCUCCGCGUGUUUCCAGCUACGAGUGGAACAGCAGCGUCUCGUCCGCGCACUCGUCCUCGUACCUCACGCCGCUUCAGGAACGCAGCCCGCCUCACGGUGUCAGCGACCGCAUGCCACAUGAGCGCACGCCACCCGAACGCAGCCAGCUGCAGGAGCGUGAGAGGACGCCCAGCCUCGUCAGUGCAAGCUCUCAUGUCCCCUCGUCGUACUCUCGCUCCAGCAUGAGCGCCAGUGGUUUCAACGGGUCGGGGGCCAACAUGAUUGGCGAGGAUUUCCAUCACGCUCUCGAUGAGGCGACCAUCGUUGACUCGUCGUUGCAACCAGAGUCGUCGACGUCGUGCAACUCGCCCGAGGCGCGCAAUGUGUCUGAACACACGCUGCAGGAGGCAAGACGGAAGAUCAUCGGCACCUUGCUCUCGAGCACUGAGGACCUGUCCCUGGCGAACCACAUCCAGGACGACGCACGUGGCUUCGCACUGUCACAGUCCCUCGCAGCGCUCGAAGGCGCGGUUCGCCCUCCUCUCAACCCGAGACGAUCAGAUAGCCCGCGGUUACGCCCCGUCUCGCGUGCCGCGCGCACUCAGAGCACUGAGCUGGAGCAGCGUGUUGGUGAUGAAGCUGCGCAUAUGCCAUUGCGACCAAUGAGCGAGCUCCCGCCUCGUCCUCGCAUUAGGCGGCUAAGCGUGAACGGCAAGAUCUAUGUCCCAAGGCGUCCGCAAUCGCCAGCGUCUCCGAGCCUCUCGAUGCACGGCGGCAUGGUGCAGUCACCUGAUGCGCUCGUAGACUCGGGUGCAGAGUUUGGCGUGUCCCGGAUCAUGACCAAGGACAUGACCAAGGAGAAGCGCCGGCGCUCAGCCGACUGCGCCCCACCCGGAAUCACGUCUGGCCGCAUCAUGAACUUGAACAACCACUCCAUGGUCAAUCUUCCCAGCCGCCGCACGCCGACGCUCAGCCACAACAAUAACAACAGCCGCGACAGCAUGGUCCACGGCUCGCUGCAGGUUCUCGAGUUUAACAACUCGGAAGGACACGAGAGCAUGCGGUACCAGUUGGGUAACUGCAUUGGGCGUGGCCAGUUCGGCUCGGUAUACCGCUCGCUCAACCUCUCGACGGGCCAGAUGGUUGCCAUUAAGCGCAUUCGACUUUCUGGCGUCAAGGAGAAGGAGGUGCGCGACGUCAUGCGCGAGGUCGAAGUGCUGCAGCGCCUCUCGCAUCCGGGGAUUGUCAAGUACGAGGGCAUGUCGCGAGACGACCAGUUCCUGAACAUUGUGCUCGAGUUUGUCGAGAACGGCUCGCUCGGGCAGACGCUCAAGGCGUUUGGCAAGUUUAAUGAGCGCCUCGUCGCGUCGUACGUUGCCAAGAUCCUCGAGGGUUUGCACUAUUUGCACUCGCAGGGUGUUGUGCACUGCGAUCUCAAAGCGGCCAACAUUCUCUCGACGAAGAAUGGCAACAUCAAGCUGUCCGACUUUGGCGUGUCGCUCAACAUGCGCGCUGUCGAGAACUUUGCCGAGCGCGCGAGCAUCGGGCGAACUGUUCUCAAGAACGAGAUUGCGGGAACGCCAAACUGGAUGGCGCCCGAGGUCAUCAAGCUCUCGGGCGCGUCGCCCGCGUCGGACAUCUGGUCGCUCGGAUGCACGAUCAUCGAGCUCAUCACUGGCAAGCCACCUUACUCGGACGUGCCGAACAGCAUGACUGUACUGUUCCGCAUUGUCGAGGACCCAAUGCCGCCAAUGCCCGAGACGUCGCUCGAGCUGCAAGAUUUCCUCAAGCUCUGCUUUGUCAAGGAGCCUGCUCUGCGCCCUACGGCAGCGAUGCUGUUCGAGCACGAGUGGGUCCGCGCUGGGCGCGGCGACCUCCUGGUUCGCCCGCAGGACUCGCUGCCGUUCCUGCGCAGACUGAGCCAGGAGCCAGCCCACCACAGGAUAGAGUCACAGCGCGUCUUCUCGAGUAACGCGCAGGCAGGCGCGCCAUCUGCUGCGGCAUCGAUGAUCGACUUGGGCGACACGGCUCAUUUGGCGCAGAUGAGCAUGGUCAGCUUGCACUCGCACGUCGUGCAUCAUAAGGACGAUCGGGAAGGCAGUCCCGAGGCAGUUUCGAGCGGCAAGGCACACGCACUCGUCAAAACAUCGUUCGCCAAGCCCAUCACCUGCCACGUCUGCCUCCAGUGCCUCAAGAAGCAGGCGCUUUUGUGUCAGACCUGCGGCCUUAUCACGCACACCAAGUGUGCUGCGCGCGCGCACCCCAAGUGCGACGUACGUGAACAGCUCGCCCUCCUUGCGCACCACCAGGACUGGAGCGUACCCACUGGCGAGUCAUCGCCAGACCAGCCAACGGGUUUGGGCAUCUCGUCGUUGCCAGCCCGCCUCUUCUCGCGGAACAAGAGCAAGAGCUCGCUCGUCGUUCCGUCCAACAGCUCGUUCGACUCGCGCCGCCGCUAUUCGAGCGGAGGGAGCACGCCUGGCCACAACUCGCCAGGCGUCGAGCCCGCCUCUCUCCGCUCCCGCCUCAGCGACCACUCGGACGAGACGGGCACGGGGCCACGGCACCCCAACCCUUCCACGUCGCUGCUCCGCAUCGACGAGGACGCGACGUACGACCGCCCGGUCAUUCGCGUCAACGCGCCAGAGGACCGCAAGAUGCCCGCGCCAGUCGAGAACCCCGGCAAACGCCGCUCCGUGCGCGGAGAAAAGAAGGGCGACUGUGUCGUGCAGUAG